AUGUCUCAGCCAUUCAACUACCCAAUUGCUAGUUUGUCGACCAUCAAGGUCUCCAAUUUACGAGAUGGAUCUCCAUCAGCUGCCAACAAAGUUGUCAGGGCUGCUGAACAAGCUGGGGUGUUUUAUUUGGAUUUCACGGACAGCAAGGAACUCCCCUUCACAGGCAUAAUCCGAGACGUACAGACAUUCAGCCGAGAGAUUUUUCAGCUUGGGCUCGAUCAGAAGAUGGAAUUCGACGUUGAUCGACUGGCGACGCUCAAGACCAAUGGGUAUACUCGUUCAUCGCGACCCCUUAUACACAAGCUAAUGGUUGGACUAGGUACAAGCCUAUCGGUCCCGGACAACUUCCCUCGGCCAAGUAUCGUCGACUCACACAUAGUCACCUUGCGCGACCUUACCUCCUGGUGCCAUGAGAUUGCACAAUUGAUUUUCCAAACCUUAUCAAAGGCUCUCGAUCUCCCACAAGAAAUCGCGCUGGAGACCUUGCACAAUCCCAGAACCUCGCACGACAUUAUUCGCCUCCUGCGAUAUGAGAAAAAUACGUCCCCCGAUGUACUUUGUGUGCCUCAAGCUGCCCACACCGACCUGGGUUCUCUGACCUUCUUGUUCACGGACAAUCCUGGAUUACAGACGCGUGCGCGGGACGGCAACGAGUGGGAAUAUGUCAUACCCAAGAAGAACUGCGCGAUAGUCAAUCUAGGCGAUGCAAUGAGCAUGUGGACGGGAGGAGCUUUGCAGAGUGUUCUUCACCGGGUGGCAUCCAUGCCGGGACAGGGAAUGAACGAGCGCUACAGCUUUGCGUUACUGAUGAGACCGACUAAUACGGCUCCUAUGUGCUCUCUUCUCCAUGAGGUGGUGCCGGAUGGGCAGCUUCGUUGCGAAGAGUGGAUCAAAACCAAGUUUAAGGCCUUGAGAGGGAAGAAAGAUGGUGAUUCCGUUCGUUCAAUGUGUCAUGACGCGGAGAUCAGGGCUGGUCGACUUGCAGGGCAAACGGAUGAUUGCACUUCUUUGGGACUAGACGUAUGA